AUGCGUUGUGUGAAUUGCUCCGGGUCAGGAAAGUUGUGUCGGUUGGACGUGCACGGGCAGAAGCAUCUGGAAACUUGCUGGCACUGCAGAGGAACUGGAAGGAAGAAGUGUUCCACGUGCAGCGGAGAUGGGCGGUUGCUGUGUGAGGCAUGCGACGGCUGCAAAAGUGUCAAGUCAUUUAACAAGUUGCACGUUCAAUACAAGAAUCUAUAUUCCGACUACAUCAUAUCACCAUCUGAGUUUCCUGAACAACUUUUAAAGGAAGCCAAUGGUGUUUAUCUGCUGGACCAAAUACAACCGAAGUUGAAGCCGAUAACUGAUGAAACGUUGGAUGACAUCAGCCUAUCUUCACAAACAUUCCACCAACAGCACAUCAUAAAAUCUAAAAAUUCCAGAAUUAUCAUGCAGCGACAACGAAUAAAGUUGGUUCCUCUGUCUGAAUGUUCUUACAACUGGUUGGACGUUGAUGGGACCUUCUGGAUCUACGGCAAGGAUCGACAGAUUCACGCUCCGGAUAAUCCUCAACAACUUUGCUGGGGCUACUACAACAAAAAAUUUGUUGAGAACCAUAAACUCUGGCAGUACAAACUGUUGUGUGCGACUGGCACGAGAAAUUGCUGUACUCUAAAUCAAAGAGUUAAAACCAAAACCAGAGAACUCAAAAAACUGAAACAAUUGACCACGACUUCGACUAUAAUAAACUCUCCGGAAACACCCCCGCUCAUAAUGAAGCAUGAUGCUUCUGAAUGUGAGAAGCGAAUAUAA